AUGUACCUCGACCAGAUGCUCCCAGAACUCGAAAUGGACUCCACGAUGAUGCUCGAUCAGCAGUGCCGCUACGCGCCGCAUCAGGAGAAAGAGCGUCGUGGCGCGUUUCAUUGCCCCGCGUCGGGUCCAUCAAGCCCGGUGUCGAUAGAGUCUGAAUCCAGCUGCUCCAGCCCGGAGACUAAAGCGCCCGUGGAAACUCGAGUGAGACGUCCUCUCAACGCGUUCAUCAUCUGGACCAAAGAGGAGCGCAGGCGCCUUGCGCAGCUAAACCCUGACCUGGAGAACACUGACCUCAGCAAAAUACUUGGUAAGACGUGGAAGGCCAUGUCUCUGGCAGAGAAGCGUCCUUACAUGCAAGAAGCAGAAAGACUACGAAUCCAACACACCAUUGAUUAUCCCAACUACAAAUACCGGCCCCGUCGACGAAAGUGCAGCAAGCGUGGAAACAAGACGGCUUUAAGCGAGACCGUCGGUUCUCCCAACGCCUCUUUUCACCUCAGCUAUAUGCUGCGAGGUCAAGUCGCGCAGAAACCAUACGAUCAAAUGAACCCCUACGAGCUCCCGCACGGUGGGUUUUCAUUUGAAAACCACUCUUCAUCGUACCGCUUUGAAGCAACAUCAUCAAAUGGAAACACGACGUUCCACAGCGGCGCGACGUUACUGAACUCUUCUUCUGUUCAUCUGCCCCUGGCUGCUUACUCAGAGUCCCUGCUGUAUUCACAGCAUUCUAUGCAACAGAACGGGGGGGAACUCUGCGAUCGGUGGGGAACGGAAGUGUGCGCGUGUGUGCUGUGUUUGGGUGGACCUUCUCUGGAGUUCUACCUAGAACAAGUGAGAUCGGACAUGUUGGACCAGCUCGACCGCAGUGAAUUUGACCAGUACCUCAAUCCGGCACUGCCCGCGAGCCACAACGAGCGGCCAUAA